GUUACCCAGCCCUAGGUUCUUCGAUCUGACGGCUUCAUGCUUCUCUUUCUUAUGGCUCUCGCUCUGACUUUAGUGCUCGCACCUGAACAAUAUCAGGCGAGCUACAGGUUCAGAAUCUUCGAAUGCGGCACAGUCUGUCCACCCUAUGCGCCCUUUACCUCUGAAGCCUUUGAAUACUUUGUUCCCGAAGCUAUUGUCCAGCCGACUGUCAAUCCGUCACAUUGGACGACCAAUGGUUGCAAAUUUGUCAAUGGCAUCCCGCCCGAAUUGAGUCGCUUCGCCGAGGCAGAAUGCAGGGUCAUAUCUAUGCCCAAGGCUGUGCCGGCCGGAAUCGACUACGAGAUCGAGCUAUGCUUCCUCAUGAAAAGUCUCACCUUCAGUACGUCCCCGACAUGGUGACGAGCGUGUGCCAACGCUCGCUGCAGACAUAUGGGUGGACACAUGCUGCGAGAAGAGAUAUUGCAGUAUGUUCGGAUCGCUUUGUUGCUGCGACUACUCAGAGUAGGUGCCAGUGCGCGUAGUCGUCGGCUUUGCGCCCCGAACAAACCGUGAGAUAACCAGCGGCCGCUUGCCAAUCUUGAUGACACCGGACAGGUCAUAUUGACGAGAUACGCACGUACUCGCGAAUUAAAUGCAAGCGAGAGGGCGGUAUCUGCGCCACCAUUCCUGAAGAAGGUUUGCGAUUGCCUUACAUGCUCCUGAAGAAGCUCGACAAUCCAGCCUGCACGGUUAGAGAAGCAUAUCGCUGGGAGCAG